AUGGCAGAAAUACAGACAUUGAUCGAGAUGGGUUUUCCCAAAGAACGAGCAGAAAAAGCUUUAGCCGUGACCAAUUAUAAGGGUGUAGAGCCUGCCAUGGAGUGGCUUUUGGCUCACGCUGAGGACCUCGCAGUAUCCUCGGAACCCUCUAAUUCACAAGCUGGCGAGUCUUCAGCACCUGUCCCUGAUUCAACUCCGGCUCCUUCGACUGAGACUCCUACGGCAGAAGAAAGUGAUGCUAAGUCUUUAAAAUGCGACGAAUGUGGGAAGCUGUUCAAAAAUCAAGAUGAGAUUGAGUACCACGCUGCAAAAACGAAUCACAGUAGUUUCUCAGAGUCUACUGAAGAAAAAAAACCAUUAACUGAAGAGGAAAAGAAGGCACAACUGGCGCUCCUAGAAGAGAGAAUGAAACAAAAGCGUAAGGAAAGAGAAGAAAGAGAAAAGGCUGAAGCUCUUGAUCGUGAACGUGAUCGAAUCAAGUCUGGUAAAGAAUUACAAGAUGCCAAGCAACGACUUCAAGAGCAAGAGAUGCAAAAACUGGUUGAACAACGAAGGAUGGAGAAAAUUGAAGACCAGAAGGCUAGAGAACGUGUCCGUGCUCAAAUAGAAGCAGACAAACAGGCUAGAAAAUUAGCAGCAUUAGGAAAAACAGCAGCACCUUCAGUCCCAGCACCCACCCCUGCCGCCAUACCAACAACAGCUCCAAACCCCAAAGUAUCAUAUGAGCAAGCAAGAAUACAACUGCGAUUACCCGACGGAAGGGCUCUUUCACAGACAUUUGGAGCUAAAGAACAGUUGUCUGCAGUACGACUGUAUUUACAAAUGCAUGCACAUGAAUAUGCACAAUCAGAUAACUACAAAUUAAUGACCACAUUUCCAAAAAAAGUAUUUACCAGUGAAGAUUAUGAUAAACCGCUGGAUUUUUUGGGUCUUGUACCAUCUGCAGUGAUUAUAGUCUCGAAAAGCCAAGGACAGUAGUUAGAACAAUAACUCAGUUUAUCUUCAGAAUAGGCCUGAGUGUCACAAAACAGGACAUGGGUUAUACAAAUUAAUAUCCAUUUGGGAAAUAAAGAUUUGUGGUGCAUAUAAAAUUUUUAUUUCAAAAAUAUACAUAUUACAGAUACUUAUCGUAAAAUGAUUUGCAUGUAAACAUUGAAUGAAUAUGUGCAAGAAAUAUAAAAUAUAUUUAAAUAAUCAAAUCGUAAUAAUAAUGUAAUAAAAUAUGAAAAUGUUGGCUAUAAUAUUAAUGUAAUAAUAUAUCCUGUUUUGAUUAAUCUUGUUAUGCUAUAUAUUAUAAUAUAAUUUUGACUAGCAUUCAAUGAUCAUGCUGCGCUUUUUUAUGCCAACCAUUUCAUAUCAAAUCUAUUCAGUUUCAGUAUAUUUAAAACGAAAACAAAAUAAAACAACAACACCUCCUGCGUUCUAUAUUUCAUUUUCAUACCGAAGCUAGUAUUUCUUUAAGUUAUGGGUUCCACCAUCAUAUACAUACAAGACAAAUGUACAACAUGAUUUGUGAUUGUUUGUUUAACAUUCAAACAUUAGUACAAAUUUAUACAAAGGAUAAAUAGAUAAUUCAGGCCAAAUUAGGACUCCAAUAAUAAUAGGAAACACAGAUCAAUGAAAUAUAUAUUUAGUAAUUUUAUUAAAAUUGUUAGAAAAAUCUUGAUUUGGAAUUAAUAUCAAAGAAGUAAAAGAGCUUUAUAGAAAAUUAUCAGGUAUUGUUGUUAGGAAUAGGUACUCACAGAUUUCAUUAAAUAUUAAAAUAAAAUAUGACAGUCAUAAAGUAUGAAUUUAAAAAAUAUUGAUUAAUUAAUUGUUUAUAUGUCAUGUUGAUGAUUUUUCUAUAAUUAUUUAAUAAUUCCGCUAAUAAAAAAUAAUUGUCUAAGCACUUCUCCAAUAAUGAUUAACUUUAAUCCUUUAAAAUUUUGUAAACUUUAAUUAAGUAGGUACUGUUCUAUGCCUUUAACGUUUUUAAGUACUUGCAUAAGUGCCAUCAUUUUAUUUAAAA